AUUGAUUGUUUGAACAAAUUCGUAAGAAAACGUAUUAAUUCCCGUUCAAAUGAAGCGUUUCUUGCCACCCAGCACGUGAUACGUGGUCAGCCGUCCUUUCCCUACUGAUGCAUAACCGCUAUAGCUAUUUCUUUCUUAUGUUGAUUACACUCGCUCGCGUUUGGAAACGUAUACAAGGCUCCAUCCACUCCUUUAUUAGAUCAAUGCUUGUAGCACUGCCUCCUCUACUUAACAAGCCGUGUUGUGCGAAAUACGGCAACACUGUGCGGCGGCUGGUCAACCUGUUCAACCUGUUACAUCUGUGCCGGUGUGUAGCAGUGCAAAAGUGUUUAUCUGGUUUUAUUUAUUAUCAAAUUUUAACUAGUAGUGAACUUUUGGAAUUAACUUGUGAAAAUAUUAAUUUUUAGGAAUAACGGAAAUUUCAAACGAUGCCGCGUAAAUGUUGUGUUCCUGGUUGUAAUUCCAAUUACGACAGUGAAAUAAAAAAGGGAGGUCCAGUUGUAUCAGCCUUUAGAUUUCCAAAAGAUGAAGAGAGAAAAAAGUUGUGGCUUUUAGCUAUUCCCCGCAAAGAUUUUUCACCCACUGCAAAUAGUGUUGUCUGCAUGAAACACUUUUCUGAAGACGAUAUAAUUCGCUAUGACCUGUACAAAACAAAGGACGGAACUACACAACAAUUGCUAUUAAUGUGCCCCAAGUUAAAAGAAGAUGCACUCCCAAGAAUUUUUCCAAAUCUGCCGAAGUAUCUGACUAAAGAAAAGAGUGUUGUCAGGAACGACCCUCAAGAAAGAAAAAAAAAAGUUUUCAACAGAACCGCCGCAGCAAUUGACAACUUUUUAAAAGCAGACAUUAUUCAAAGUUUUGAAAAUGUAAAAAAUGACUUUGCUUCGAAAGUUGAAAGUGUUUCUAAGUGGCAUGUGAUAAUGAAGAACAGUGAAUUAUUUUUUUAUACUUUAAGUGUUGAUUAUGACAAUGGAAGUGAUGAAGGUGAACAUCUUUAUAUAGUUAAUAGCGUUAAAUUGGACCAGAAUAUGAGAUUGAAAGUGGUGAUAAAAGGUAACGAAUUGUCAUCUCAUGAAUUAAAGUGGAUUCUUCCAUAUGAUUUAAAACUAAGUCGAUGGUCCCAAUUGAAAAAUAUAUUAAGCAGGUACCAUAAGUUUGAAGAAAUUAAUUGUAAAUCUGAUCAGUCUCAGUUUGAAUUAUACUUACAGAAAUGUAGGAACUAUCUAGAGAAAUGUUGCGAAAUGGCAGAAAUUCAUGAUUAUGAACACAAAAGACAACUAGAGAUUGUUUUUGAUCAAGUGUCACAAUUAACAUUAAAAAAGCGUAGAUAUUCACCAGCCACAAUCUUGUUUUCGUUUAUUAUGUUUUCAUAUUCUCCUUCGGCCUAUAAGUUUUUGCGAAAUUAUUUGCUGCUACCCCACAAACGCUAUUUGCAAAUGUUAUCGUCAUCAUUUAACAUUAGUCCUGAUAACGAAAGCAAUAAAACAAAAUAUUACUUUUCCUGUGCGGCUUUAGCUCGGCUCGGCAUCGACGUAUGCGGCCGGCCUCCGUAUCGGUUCCUAGGCGCUGUUGCCAGUUCGUACAGCACGGCUUGUUAG